CUAACAAAUUUGUUUUUAGAAUGAAGAUGCAAAAUGUCUGUCUUGAAGCCAGCACAACCUCCGCCUGUGUUGAAGCCAGCACAACCUCCACCUGUGUUGAAGCUAGCACAACCUCCGCCUGUGUUGAAGCCAGCACAACCUCCGCCUGUGUUAGACAAGUUCUCACAUCUGUCAUUGGAUGCACAGAAGGUCAUGGCUGGUAUCUACAAACAAUACCAGCAACAGAAAGACAAAAUCUUAAUGUCUCAAUUAGAUAGAAAGUCGUCAUCACAAGGACCAAGCAAAUAUUACCAGAACCUGUACAGAACUAAGUUUGGACAUGGACCUUUACAGAAUACACAAAACAGUCAAAGUAGUAAUGCUACUAACAAUGCAAGUCAUGUAAAUCUACUUGCUGACAGUACAAAUACUCAAAAUAUUGAUGGUCCUUCACGAAACACACAAAAUCACUAUGAAGUAACACACGCCUGGAUUCAGAAAACAUCCACAACAAACGCUUGUGAUCAAAGAGGUGAUAGGAGGUUUGAAGGAGGUCAUAGGUCAUUUGAUAAAUACUUUACCAAAAAUAUGAAAGAAACUGCUGUCAAAAGUACUAGUCCAUUUGUCUUUCCCUCAAAAGAGAAAGAAGUUUUGAUUUCCGUACUUGAUAAUUCAUUAUAUACAUCAUGUGAUGAGGAAGGUGCUGCCCUCUCAGUUCAAAGGUCGUCUCAAGAAUCAGCUCCUUUGUCACUUUCUCCUGUGUUGUUUCCUAGUUUGGAAACUAUGGAGAAGGAAAAGAAUGAUGUGACACCAGUACACCGUAGUAGUAAUGCUGAUCACAGUUUUAGUCAUUCAGUUUUUAUUUCUGAUGAUAAAAGAGAGGAUCUUGUAACAUCAAAGGAGAUAAUGAUGAAUGAUGAUAAAGAAGUUAAAAACAACCGACAGUUAUCAGAUGUGAUGGAUGGUGAAAUUAUCAUUCCACUAAAAACUGACAAUGGAUCUGAGAAUAAACAUGUAAAAGAAAGAAAUGUGUCUGCCAUGGUACAUGUUAAUGACAAAGAAAGAGAGACUAAGACAGCUGAACAGGGAAAUGAAAUGUGUUCCAUCUCCAAAAGAUUACUGCAACAUCAACAAAUCAGGAAUGAGCUGAAGGAAACUAAAAGUCAAGCAACAGACAAAACCAGUACUACUGUUGAUGUCACAUGUUUAGAUACAAGUCAAAGAUUGGAGUUGCUUCAGGAAGUCCAGAAAAGUAAAGAAAUUCUACUAGCUGUGGUGUAUGAUGAUUCAACUAAUCAGCUGAGGGAUAAUUCUGCCAAAAAGAAGUCACAGAGCAUGAAAUCAAAGUCAUUUGAACAGAUUGUAUCUAUAGGAAUUGGAUUGACAUGCAACAAUACAGAAAAUCUUCAACUGUAUACUAUGCCUUCCAAGAUCAAACACGCUCAUUUAGUGGAAUGGAUUAGGUCCUUCUGGGAUUCAGUAUUUACAUGUUCAUCAAGAAAAAUAUGUUAUGGAGCAAAAGAACUGUUUUUGAUCCUGCUGAAAAAUAUUUUCAAUGAAUCAGAAGUAAAGAUAGGAGAUUGGACAGUUAUAGAUCCACAGGUAGCAGGCUGGUUGCUGGAUCCAGACAAUCCUCCAUCUUGUUUUGAAGACAGUUUAAAUUCAGUUAAUAUACAGCAGAACAAGAAAGAAGGGAUAGACUGUUAUGAGCUAUUGAAAGAGGACUUCUCAUUACUUGGUAAAUUAAUGAAUCGUUUGUACCAGAAACUACAGUCUAGAGAGUUAUGGGACUUGUUUUGUUGUGUAGAGACUAAAUUGGUCCCAUUAUUAGCAUUGAUGGAAUGUCAGCAGGUUCAGAUUGAUACAGACAAAUUAAUGAUGUUCUCCAAUAUCUUAAAGAAAAAACUACAGAAAUUAGAACAGAAAGCCUAUGAAUCUGUUGGUCACUCAUUCUUAAUAAAGAGUCCUGCUCAACUUAGACAAGUACUAUUUGAAGAGCUAAAACUAGACACAAAACUUCCCAAGAAGAAUAAAUUAGCUAAGACAUCUAUUGGUCAUCAGAUUUCAACAUCUGAAUCAGUUUUACAACAACUUGUAGACUUCCACCCACUGCCAGGAUUGGUUUUGGAAUAUAGACAGUUUCAGAAGCUAAAGUCCACCUAUAUGGAUGGUAUAAUGAGUUGUGUACAGAAGGACAAUUUAUUGACACAUUGGGACCAGAUAUCUGCUGCCACAGGCCGGCUCUCCUCCUAUCAACCUAAUGUACAGGCCAUACCUAAAGUUUCUAUAACUAUCACCAAUUAUAAAGACAAUUUUAUUGUUGAUAAAGAAGAAGAUGAUACAUUAGAAAUAUUUGCUAGAGACAUUUUUAUAAGCCAUGAAGGAUGGUCAUUUCUGGCUGCAGAUUUCCAGCAGAUUGAACUUAGGUUACUGGCACAUCUAGCAGAUGAUGAGAUGCUGUUACAGAUAUUUCAGAAGCAGAAUGACUCAGAUAUAUUUGUAGAACUUACUUCACAGUGGCUUGGUAAAUCCAUUUCAAGUAUUACCUCAUCAGAAAGAGAACAGACAAAGAGGAUUGUAUAUUCUGUUAUGUAUGGUGCAGGUAAAGAAAAGCUUGCAGAAUAUUUGAAGUUAAGCCCUGACAAUGCAAAAGCUAUAAUGAAUAGUUUCUUAGUAAAGUUUCCUGCUGUUAAUCAGUUUUCGAAGAAGUGUAUAGAAUUCUGUCAGAAACAUGGUUUUACCAGCACAAUUUUCAAAAGAAAGAGAAUGAUUCCAAAUAUUAAACAUCCAUCACCUCCUUUCAGAGCUCAAGCAGAAAGACAGGCUGUCAACUUUUGUGUUCAAGGGUCAGCAGCAGAUUUAUGUAAAGCAGCAAUGCUUCAAAUAGAACAGUCACUUAGGAACCAUCAACAUCUCAGGGCUAGACAGUUAUAUCAGAUACAUGAUGAGUUACUGCUGGAGGUUCAUGAUGACGACAUCAAGGCAGUUCAAAGCAUAUUAAAAACAGUGAUGGAAGAUUCUGGUGCAUUAUGUGGUUCUGUUGUAAAAUUAAAGGUUCCAGUAAAAGUUUCCAUCAGUGUUGGAAAAACUUGGGGACAUAUGACUGCUGUAAAAUAACUAUGACAUCAUUUAGAUAAAAAUGUGGUGAAAAAUUUUGGUCCCACCUUAGAGUUAUUAGGUAUAAUUUGAGUCUGUUUCUGCAGACUUUGCAGAGUGUGACAUUGAUACUUAAUAUUGAUUUGGACUCAGUGUUUUGAGAAUUAAACUAAAUGGUUUGGACUUAGUUGUAUACAAACAAUUAAAAAUCUUACAAUAACCUUGA